UAUUUAUAUUUUUACAAAAUGACACUGGAAAAUAUAUCAUAUUUUAUCGAGUCCCUUAAGAUCUCGAUUUCGCCUUACAGUUUGAUACUGAUUCCUUUAUUAGUUAUUUUAGUUCCUCAUCAUGUUUUAUCUUCAAAAACAUUUCCUGCCUUUAGAAUACAACAAUUUGAUCUUCAAGGCAUUUCAUAUGGUAGUCAAAGUGUUGCUAUUAAUACAGAAGCAAAAAUAAUAACAUCAAAUAACUGGAUAAGAAAAUGUCUGAUUUUACAUUUAUCAGAAAUAAGUGGACAUCUAUCAGAUAUAUUAAAUAAAGCUGCUGCUUUAGUCAUUAUUAUACCUAACAAUAUUAAUCUAUUUAAUGAAAUUGAGAGAGAAAAUAUAUUUGAACUUGAACAAAGAUUAAUAAGUUCUGACAUAGCAAUACCAAUUUAUUUGAUAGUUGAAGAUCAAUAUAAUCACAAUGAUUUGAAUAGAAUAAUUAAUACAUUAAAUUCAGAUCAAAAUAAAAAUAAAAAAGAUGAUACUGCAUUUAAUGAAAUGAUUAAGGCUGCUACGAUUAAUACCUAUUUUGUUACAUACAAAACUAAGGAUGCACAAUUGCAAUCAUCGACUUAUUCCAGAGCAUUAGAUAACUUUGAAUUAAUAAAUAUUCAAGCAAAAUUAAGUGGUAUACAUGAAGAAGAAUCUCCAAAUAUUAUUAUAGUAACACAUUAUGAUACAUUUGGUCUCUCACCAGCAUUAUCAUUUGGAUGUGAUAGCAAUGGUAGUGGGUUGGCCGCAUUUUUGGAAAUUGCUCGUAUAUUAAAAAUGUUUUAUUCAUCACGGCAAAUGCUACCAAAAUACAACGUCAUUUUUCUAUUAACUUCUGGUGGCAAAUUUACUUUCCUUGGUGCAAAAAAAUGGAUCAAUGAUCAAUUCGAAAAUUCUGAUAUCAAUAUCGUUUCCGAUAUAGCCUUUAUCUUAUGCCUGGAUUCAAUAGGAAGUGGCAAAGUAGGUGAUACAAUGUAUUUGCACGUUUCCAAAAACCACAAAGAAAAUUCGGCCAUUCACAAAUUUUUUAGGCAUUUAAAAGCUACUUCUAAUAAGCAGAAAAUAUCUAUCCAAGUUUCCAACACCAAAAAAAUGUAUUGGGAACACGAAAUAUUCGCACAAAAAAUCAAAUCAGCCUUUACUGUCUCAUCUCACUUGAGCACUAGUAGCAAUUCGCAAGAAAGCAGUAAAAGGGAUACUAUUUUAGAUUCUGACUGUACAAGCAUUAUACCUGCUAUAACAUUAAAUACUCGUAUAUUGGCGGAGGCCUUAUUAAGAUUUCUAUAUUUCCCGGAUGAGGAUCCUAAAAAUCUGUCCGAGAAUAUUCUUCAAAAUCGAACCCUGUUGGGCUCUCAUUUUAAUAUAGACGAAGAUCAUAUAUUAGGCUUAAUGGAUACCUUUUCUAAAUUCCCGCGUUCCCAACAUUUACUCACGAAAGAAUCUCACAUAUUAUCCAGCAUCGUUAACCAUUUUUCAGAUAUAAUGAAAGACAUUAGGAUUAUUCCUUUCAAAGCUGAUAAAAGAGAGCCAGAAUUUGUGUUUUACGAUAACUUUGAAGGUUCUCUCACCUUUUACAAAUCUAAACCAGCCAUAUUCGAUUUAUAUAUUGCAAUUUUGAUCGGGUUGUAUUUGGGAUUGGUGCAUCUAUUUUUAAUGUACUUCGACACCAUAUCAAAUAUAUGGAUAAAAAUAACACAGAAUUCUAUGAGUUACUACAAUGGUUUCAGCAACAUUAAUAAUAACUCUUCACAAAAAUACGUUGGCAGCAAGCAACAUAAUGAAAAUAAUAGCAAUUUAAGCCAAAAUGGUAACUAUUACCUUUAUAAAAGAAAUGCCGAUCUUAAUAACUAAUUUAUUUUGUUUUGUAAAAAAUUGAAACUGCUUGAAAUUGAUAAUAACCAUUUUAGAUAAACAUAUUUUUGCUUGUAUCUUUUUUUUUGUAAAAAACAUUAAUAACUGGAGACUGUACAUUUGUAAAAAAAUAUAAGCUACUCUAUGUAUUAUAUUGCUUUUAUUUAAAAAU